UGUGCUGCCAGGACUGCUAUUGAAGAGUUUUGCCUUUGGGAUGCCCCCGAGACCUCUCAGUUGUACAAUCUUUAAACAUAUUGGCUCUGCCCUUGCAAGUUACAUCUUCUGACUGUUUAGCUGUGUUCCUUGCCAUCCAGCUAAGUGCUAGAAGAAAGAACCCUGUACUAUGAGGAUGACAGUGUGCUGAAGGCUCUCAAGAUCCUAGUGAUACAUGGCUAAACAUCUGCAGCAUAAAACAGCUCCAGAUGAGAUUUUUUUUUACCAAGUUUUAGAAAAAGCCUCAGAGAGGUGCACUGGAAAGGCUCAGAAGGAAAAGCCUGCUGAAGAACUUAUUUCCUCAGAAAUAUACUGAUGUGAGCUUGCAACUCAAAUCCUUCCCCUGUAGCAUCACCAGCCCUGUACUCACUUGUCAGGCUGCCAGGGCUGCGCCUUCUGGCUCAGUCAUGCUGAACAGGACCGACGGUCACCGUGACAAGAAGGCUCGCUUGGUCAGUUUGUACAGCAACCGCACCAGGACGUGGGGGAGAAGUCUCACUGCCUUUUAACUGUAGGAGAAGGUCCAGUGACUACAUCAUGGCUACGGGGCCAGCAGACGUCAUACAGUCACCUGAAACAGGAGAGGCUGUUGAAGAGUGUGCAGGAAAGAAAAAAUCCAAAUUUCAGACUUUCAAGAACUUCUUUGCCAAGAAGAAAAGGAAAGAGCCUCCACCUCCCAGGGGGGAGAGUAAUUUAAAACCUAGCCAGUCCAGCAGCGAUGUCAGCAUCUCUGUGCUCGACGAGGCUAAUGCACUUCAUUCACCGAAGGAGGCUGGGCCCAAAGGAAGCAUGGGAAACAAAGCCUUGUCCCAUGACAGCGUCUUCAUUUUUGAAUCUGUACCAGGAGGUGUGGCAGGGGACGUGUCAUCUCAGGAAAACAUACCUGGAAGAGUGAAAACGUUGCAGCUUCAGUUGCAGCAAAACAUCAGGUUUGGAUCACCUCCUCUUGUUAUAACUGGAAAGAAACUGGAAGAUGCAGGUGCUGUUUCUGAAGAUGAUGGAUUACCUAGAAGCCCUCCUGAAAUUUCAACCCUUCAUGAAGUUCUGACAGAUUCAGCAAGCAAGUCCUCCAACCCUGUUCAGCGUCAUAGCUCUUUGAGUUUAGGCGGGACAGACAGUGAAGAUGAACAGAUACCUUCUGGAGCUUCCUCCAGGCCGAUCAGUCCUUCGUCUUCUGCCGCUCUUGGGGCCUCUGGUGCACGAGGCAGCAGCUUCCUUCCCGUUGACUUCACUGUCCCUGCCAGUCCCCUGGGCUGCCUGGACACCUCAGCAGCCAGGCACAGGAUUGCCAUAAAUCCCCGGAAACAGAAAGGCUUCACCAACAAGAAUCAGCAAACCCAGGUGGAACACCUGGAAAAUGAAGCACAUCUUCAUGCAACUCCAGAGAAGGCAAAUUCAACGGAAUUACUUGAGACUGAACAGCAUAAAAGUGAUUGGGAAGGCUUAUCAGCCCAGGUGGGAUAUGGUGCAAAGGAAAGUGGUUCUGAGGAGACACCAGGUGUAAAAUGUCCCACUGAUGCUGCUCCUGACUCCUGCAAUUCCACACUUGUAGCAGAAGAUUUUUGUACUUUGCUGCAAGGAAGUGAAUGCCUUCCAGACAUGGACCAUGACUAUAAAGCAGCUGCACCCCUUCUGAGACCUGAGCCUUCUCCACUGAACCUGGAAGAACAGCACAGCGCAGAAGUGCCAUGGUGUUCAGAUGAAUCUGCUGGUGAAUUGAAAUUACAUCAGCAAAAUACCAAUAUUGAAGUAUCUGCACUUCCAAAAUCUCAAAAAAUUGAAGUGGGAGCUGUUGCACUUCCAGACGUAGUAGCAGCUGACCUGUUUAGUAAUGACACAGAAACAGAGACCAUAAAUAUACUGGCAGAUGUUGCGCAAAGGUCCCCAGCAAAAUCUGUGGACCAAAACAUUGAAGACCAGAGAAAGGGGGAUGCACUGUGUAUUGGCAAAGUAGAAGCUUGCCUGGGUACUCUUCAGAACUGUUCUAACCAGUCUGUCUCAGAUACUGCACAGAGCACUUCACAGGUUACUCUAGCUGAUUCAGGGCCUCCUUCUGACAUCAAGACAGUGGCUGUUCUGAAGUCUGAAAACUGUUCAGCAACAAGAGAUGACAAAGAAACUUAUGAAAUUAUGGAAUUUCAGUCAUACAAAGGCAAUGCAGAAAACAAACAAGAUACUGCUGCAUCUGUUUUAGAAGCAGGUUGCAUGCUACCUCCCAGUAAAUUGGAUGAAAGUUUCAAAGCAGAAAUACCUUGUCCUGCUUCAAAGGGUAACCAAGUCAGUCAACAAACCAGCACAUCAUACACUUCUGAAAAACUUUCCAUUGGAUGUCUUGCUUCUUCAAGUUUGGCUGGAUUAAAGAGUAAUCUCUCUUCUAAUGAUGACAGGAAGGAGCAGGUAAGCAGUACAGCUUCCCACAGAAAAACAGAGAAAGACAGUAGAUCUUCAGAAGAAAAUGUAAAAAGUCCACAAAAGACUGCGGCUGCUAAACCAGUUAGAUUUACCAUUGCACCAGCAUGGCAGAGAUCUCUCUCAGGGGGUUCAAAUUCAAAGGAAGAUUCCUAUAACAGAAGUUCCCCAACCUCCCCUAUAAAACCAGAGUUGUUUGAAGGAAUGACAAAAGAAUAUGCAGGCAUGCAGGAAUCCGCAAAAACCAACCCGAAUGGAUUUGAUCGAGACUGUAAGGAUGGUGAUUUGCAUUUGAAUUUUUCUAUGGAAUGGGCUGACCGUGAAGCACAAAAUUUUGAAAAUCCUUUUGGGGUCAGACUGAGGAGAACAUCUUCUUUACUCAAGUACCAGAAUGAAAACCGUGCUGAGUCUCCAAAGCUGAUUCCCUCUGCUGCUCCCACUGCUUCUUCUGCUUCAGUCAAGGAGGAUCAGAAGUCAGGGGGCAAUGGGAAGCCACCUCCAGGCCUUCCAGUCAGCACAAAAUCAUUUGUUAAAAAACCAGAUCUCCUAGAAGACAAAAGUCCUCCCAAAACAAGAUCAGAAGAAGUGUCAAAGAAGCAAAAUGGUAGUAAACCUUCAGAAAAAGUCUCCUCUCCACAUUUGGAAACUUCUUCCUCUGAACCGGCUUGGGUCUCCAUGGCAAAACUAAAACAAAAGGGUUUCCAAGGCCACCCUCUUGCCAAAGAACAUAAAGCUGAAGAUAAAGCUUCGACCAAAGUGGAUCAAGAGGAGCAAGUGAUCUGUGCGAGUGAGAACAUACUGAAGAAGAAUAUGUCUUCUAGCUUGAGCUUUCAGGAUAAGAAACCACAAGUGAAGACCAGUAUUUCUGCUGCAGCAGGUAAAGUUGGACCUAUUGCUCAGGAAGCAUCUGUGAUUCCUGCUGUUGAAAAGGAAACAAGACACUCCUCUAACCUGCCACUGACACCAUGCAGCCCUGCUGAACCACCAUGGCUAUCCCUGGCCAAGAAGAAAGCCAAAGCAUGGAGUGAAAUGCCCCAGAUUGUACAAUAGCAAAUUACACAAGCAUCCUUCUUUGUAUUGCCAAUAGCUGUGUUAAAUCCAUUUAAAUACUUCUUUACUGUGAUAUUUUUUUGAAAAAUAAGAGACUUAGAACUUUUGAUCAGACUGUUGUAUGUAAAAACACAGUGAAGAAAUGCCAUCUGGGGCAUAAUUUUGAAGUAUUAGGAAGCUGAGCAUUUCCUACUACCAACUACUAGGAAAACGUGAUCAAUAUAUUAUAUACUUACACAUUUGCCUAAAAGACAGCAAUGUUCUAAGAAGACAUGCUUCAGGCUUUUGAAACGUUUCCCUUGCAAAAUACGUUUUUAAAGUUUCCAUGAACAACCCAGUGUUUUGUGCAAUGUAGCUUUGGCAAAGAAAUUAACGUAUGCUAUAAAAUAGACAUGAUGCUGUGCACUGACGCAUCAUGAGUCAUGGGCAUUGAUGUCAUCACACUUGUGUGUAAUGCUCUCAGAUGGACAGUCUGACUUUGCUUCUGAUUGUUAAUGGACCUAUCCUGUGAUAGCUGUAGGAUCGAAGCAGCACUAUGAGUUGGAGUAAUUUUGGCUUUCAUGUGGUUUGAAAUCACAGAGCUGUGGGUCUUGUGCUUUGCUCAAUGAUGCCUGCUGGACUGGCCUGGAGCCACUUACCUCCUUUUCUCUCUCAUGUUCUAGAAAACCACCACGCUCUAGCAUACACUCCAUUUUUGGUUAUACCUUUGGAAAUCUGGAAUCAUUUGAGCAUUCCAAACAACAACAACAAAAAGCCCUUCCUUUAAUUAUGGCAAAUAGUGGUUUAUUUUAUUUUUAUUUUUAUUUUUAAACUCAUCAGCAAAUUGUCUCUCUCUUAAAGAGUGUUUUAGGGAUGGGGAUGAUUUGCUACCUAGAAAGGUGGCACCUUGUUUUCAACAAACACCACUUCAUUCUCCAUGUUCAUGUGGCUGUGUGUUUAAUGUUAGUUAUAAAGGGACAUCCACUUUCCUCCUUGCAUCGCCAGGCUUUGACUGGUAACUCAACAUCGGUCUGAAAAUGACAGAAGUUUUGCUAUUUUGCUUUGAAGGGAGCAGGCGCUUGAAAAAGAAGCUUUGUAAAAUGAUGUUAGUGGUUUAAAAGGCAUGACACUUACUGGUCCUUUUCAUUUUUUGCAGCAUUGCACAUUUAUAAAGUGGUUUUUGUUUACAGUCGAUUCAAAAUUUGAAGGCUGACUUGGCUAAUGGACAGUUUUCAGCUGGAAAGUCAGUAGGUAUUUUUAAGGAAAAAGUUAUCUGUUGAUAGGAUUAACUGCAAAACAAAAAAAUUGGUUUCAGAUCAGCUCAUUUGAAAGACUUCAAUCUUCCAGUCUUGUCCGGGAUUUAUAUAUGUAGAUCCUGAUAUUUGAAAGCAGUAUUAAUUUGGAGCUAGACUGUGAAACUAUUUUAUAUAGGUGAAAACUCAUUUACCCAAGUAGGCUCACUGAAGCUAUGGAUCCUGCUUAUUUUGUACUAACAGUAAGAGUUUCACAACUGGUUUGGUAAUCCAGGCCUAUUUUACUACUUGUUUUUCUCUAUUUUAAGAAUCAUAUCUUCUCUUGCAAAGAUCCGAAACAUUUGUAUUUCUCUGAAACUUUCGAGCGUAAUGUAAAUGACCAUACUCAGCUUUAAUUCCUGAAGUUUUGUACAGCUGACAUCCCAUCAGAAGCUUACUUACCUGUGUAAAAUAUACACAUUUCUUUAUUCAGCAAACUCUUCUCUUUUUGUUAGUGUGGACUGUGAUCCUUCACCUAAAGUACUGCGUAUGAUACUAGAAUCUCUCUUUCCCUGUGUUUGCUUUUGAUCUUAAUAUUGUUUCUUAUUUGUUCGGUUUGUAUAUAUGUUUUUGUAAGGAAAGGAAGUUCCUAGUCUCAAAGGAACUGCUUUUGUAUUGCAUUCUCAUUUUUGGUUUACUAUUAAAUGUAGUUGUCCAUGAUGGUGAUGUAAUUCCUGGGAAGAGAAGAGCAAUAGAUGGCUCUCAUUGAUUAAGGAAAAAAUAAAAAAGAGGUAUUUGGACAAUAUAGACUCUCUGUAUGGAUAUACUGCAUAGAUGUUGUCUUCAGAUGAUUUUGUGUGGCCUAGGACUGAUCAACACAGCUGUUCAGACUAAUGUACUUUUCUAAAUCUAGCUAUUUAAAAGUUGGAAACAUCACAGAGCUGAUGGCUCUCCUUUUGUUCAGGAGUUGCUGCUCCUUUCGUUGCUGGUUGGCUUGAAGGCUAGCACUCCUGUAGGUGCAGGAAACCUUGUAAAUGCUCAUCUGAAUGUGUUUUGGAAUUACUCGCCAGCUGCUGUAGGACAUCUUGAGGCCACUUUAAAAAAGAAGAAAAGCACAUGAGAACCAUGUGAUGCUGCAUUUGGUAUUUACUUGCCUUCUGGAUUUCUGGAGGUAAUGUAUUCAAGUUUCUGUCUGCAACUAAGAGGACAAAAAGCAUGUAGAUGAAAAAAUCAAAACGAAGUCUCAUAUAUCAUGAGUUUAGAAAAUGGUUUUAGAGGUUAAGCAUUGAAACAUCAGUGAUAUAUUGCUGCAUUUAUAAAAACUGGUAGCCGUAUUAGUGAGGCUUUGAUUUCCCAUUGGCCACGUGUAGCUUUUAGGUGCUCGAUGAGUGCAAAUAACUUAUGUAAUAAGCUCCUACUGAAUGAU